CGUGGUGGCCCCUUCCCGCCAUGGCCCUCCUGGCUCACACCCUGGCACUGCUGGCAUUGGCUGUGCCCACCGUGGCCAUCCAGGUAGUGCCCCUGGACUUGGCAGAGGACGCCUUUGAUGACCGGUACGAGGGCUGUGUCCCUGCCAUGAAUGCAAAGUUGCAGGAGCUCCACAACUCCGAGUUACAGAUCAAUCCUGCUUUUGCCAUGGGCUGGGUAGCUGCUAGAGCUGAGUGGGAGUGGCGGGGCUCUCCUGUGUCCCCUCUGGCAUCCCACUGGCAGGCCUUGGCUCUCAUGACCUACACGUCGCAGGACGUGUACAAGGAGUUCAACGCCGCCAUGCGCAGGGCCGGGCGCUCCCACCAGGAAUACCAGGACAACUUCCACUUCAAAACGCUGCAUUUCCUUCUGACCAACGCCCUGGAGACGCUGAGGCACGCUCAGAACGAGCAGUGUCACAACGUGUUCCGGGGCGUGCGUGGUGUUCGUUUCCAGGCACAGCAAGGCGACACGGUCCGGUUCGGUCAAUUCACGUCGACGUCACUGAGCAAAGAGGUGGCUCUGCAAUUUGGGACAGACACGAUUUUUGAGGUGCGCACAUGCCACAGCGCGGACAUCCGUCAGUUCUCCAUGUAUCCAGGGGAGGAGGAGGUGCUGAUCCCGCCCUUCGAGAUGUUUGAAGUCAGAAAAGUCAUCUGGGACGGGGAGAGGACAUGGAUCACUCUCUACUCCGUGGGGUCCUUGACCAAACACAACUGCGAGAUGGGAGCGUCCCUGGGAUCUUCUGAGCUCUAGGCCACCAAGGUCACCGAGGUCUCUGUGGUCACUGUGGCAGCCGUGGCCACCAUCAUCACCAAGACUCCCUCAGCUCCAAGGCUGCCACAGCCACUGUGACCACUGUGCCCACCGAGGCCAUGGUGCAAACAAUUCUAUUAAAUAUUUCAAUCAUAACAAUUCCAUUAAAUAAAUCUGACAAAGCCAG